UCACUACUCAUUAUUCAGAAACAGUCGCAACCGGACCACAGUUGGCGUAGCUACCGACUGACGGACCGUAAAAUUUUAUUUUAUUUUAAUAAAUAAUAUUGUUAUUCCGGUAUACCUAGGUAAAUGGUGGUAGAGAUCAGACGUGUGUAUCUCGCUGUUGGUUAUCAAACGUAUAGUUUUCCGUUUUACGCUUACCCACGCUUUCGACGCGAUUUAACGUCGUCGAAAAUUUCAAUUAUAGUGUCAUUAUAGUCCGUUKACUUAAAUAUUACUAUUAAUAUUACCUACUAAAUUGAAAUUAUACCAACAGUAUCGCCAGCGCCGAAAUCCAAGUACUAGCGAUUUGUCUCCGUAGCGAUGUAGAUCCUGACCGGAGUGAGGAAGAAAUAUUACAGGACACUACAACGAUAUCGUUUUAGACCUUAACUGAGACCGAAAUCCGAGUGAGAUGUACAUGUGUAAAAUCUGCGCCACGAAGACGACGACAAAAACUCUGUUAGUUCAGAAACGUAAUCCUGUGCAGAUUUGACAGCAAAAAUAUUAGCAUAAUAAUAUUAUUAAAAUACAUCAGUCCAGGAAGAAGAGGGGCAAAUCACAAAGAAUAACACAUCUAGCCCAAAAAAAAUGCAGCCAUUAAAAKUAUAUGGACUGUUGUCGUUAGUAUGGGUGCUGUUUGUUCGCUCGUCUUUGGCUGCACCCCAUCCACCAUCACCUUGCCCUGAUAUAUUCACUUAUGAAGGCUCGGAACCGGAAAGCAACAGGUGGUAUGGCGAAAUAUCGCUGCGAACUGACGAGAGCCUGGUGGGCAUCCGACUGGACAUCGAACUGGAUCGACCUUCAGAUUUGAUGGUAUCGUGGAUGGGAGAAAUAACGACAAGUGACAAUGUGAAAUUCACAGUGUUGAACUUAAACCAAAAACUGAAGCCCGGGCCACCGGUACUGUCAAGGAUAAUGGUCAAGUUCAACCGGUCGACGGGCAGUCCUAAAUUGCGCUUCAUCCGACUCAAUGGUCGUAAGAUCUGCCCCGAAGAUUCCAGUUACAGUUCUGGGUACGAGGAAGAAUCCCGGCCAUCUCAAAGGCCGCAAAGUACCAAGAGACCAGAUCCCGAGUUCGGUGGAGAUGUGGACGAAUAUCCGGAAAGCAGCAACAACCACCGCGACAAGGAAAACCCAGCCAGACCUUCAGGAUCCGACUAUUCACCGCAGGAUAGUCGUCCGACGACCACCGUGACRGAAGGACAGUACACGACCCGGAAGACCAAUAGGGGGCCGAUAACGACGUCGACGACUACGUUGCCGCCUCGAAAUCCRUAUGAACAACAGGGCCACGGCAACAGGCCAAACACGGUAACGUUGCAGGCCAGCAGCACCGACCCAAACAGCGACAUAAACGGGGUCAUUAACGGACUUUUGCAGAACCAGAACAACAGCAACAAAACUGUAAUAAUAACCGUUAUUGAAAAUCAAAAUAACCGGCCGAAUGGCGGUACCGAUGGUGGCGGGCGACCGUCGACCGUAGACGGCGGAACUACAACCAGGCCAAAUGUCAACAACAGACCACUCGGCCAGCAAACCGGCCAAAAACCCAACAGUAACAACAACAACAACCAACAAGUCAGCGGUGGCGGUAGUAGCGGAUCUUAUACCGGCUCAUCCGUCAAUUCGCUUUCAUCCAGUUCCCCGUCGUGUGGUGAAGUCAAGAUGGCAGUGCCACUGGUGACUUCUGGACAGUCUACAAAAAGGGGACAAUGGCCCUGGCACGUGGCACUCUACUUGAUCGAAGGCAUCAACUUGAGCUACCAUUGUGGUGGGUCGCUUGUGUCCAAAAAUAAAGUCAUCACUGCCGCUCAUUGUGUAACAAACAAACUAAACGAUGCAGUUCUCAACUCAACCAAAAUAGUCGUCUACCUAGGAAAAUACCAUCAGCUCCAGUACAGCGACGAGCUAGGCGUCCAGAUCAAACAGGUCAUCCGGAUAAAGAUUUACCCGUCUUACAACAGCAGCUCAUACUUUGGAGACAUAGCUAUGCUGACGCUGUCUUCRGACGCCGAAUUUACAAACUAUGUGACGCCGGUGUGUCUUUGGGAAGAAAGAAAUGAUGAUUUGGACGACAUCGUUGACAAAGAAGGAACAGUAAGAACAAUUUUUCUCUCUAAAUUGUAUGAAUCAUUUUUCAUUAUAGUGUUUUGCACAAGUGUAUGCAAUGGAGACAGUGGUGGUGGAAUGGUGUUUGCCAGAAACCAUAAAUGGUUCCUGAGAGGUAUCGUGUCCCUGACGGUGGCCAAAGACGGACUGCGGGUAUGCGACACCAGACAUUACGUAGUGUUCACAGAUGUAGCCAAGUACACAGAUUUCAUCACGAAGAACUUACAAUGAUGGCGGUAAUCGUCAGAUCAAUGAUACACUAUAAUAAUAUAUUAUACAAUGAUUGAAUGUAUAGUACGAUCAGCAUAUUAUUUAUGUAGACUAACUAUAUAAUAAGUCUAACCGAUUCCGAUUAUAUGCAGACGUCGCGUUUAUACUUUUAACAUUUCAUACUCUUUCUACAAUAUUUUUUUUUGAAAUUUUUAUAUUUCCAUUAAUUAAAAUAAAAUAUUUUUUUAUUGAAUAAAAACACUAGUUCAAAUUAACAGUCGUGUGGCUAGAAUGUCCUCGGAACUCUACGGUUAUAGCCAUAGGUGGAACUUAAAAAUAUGGAUUGCAAUCAUUAUAAAUGCCUUACACAUAUUAUUUUUAUUUUUCCUAACUCAGUUAGAAGAAUAUAAUACGCUCAUUCUCCUUUAAAAUCUAAGUAACUCCAAUGAAAUUUGAGAAAUGAUUUUCUGUCCCUUCUCUAGUGAAAACCAACAUUUUUAACAAGACGUUAAAAAAAAAAAUGAAUGUCUACGUGUAAUUUUUGAUAAUUUGUUAUACUAUAAAUCGUUGCUAUAUUAAAA